UUGCACUCUUCUAGCAGCGACUGUUGAAAGUUCGAACCUUAGUGUCGACGUCGUCGCGAUGAUUGGUAUCGAAGGCGGAAGACAGACAGCUUUAUAAAGUGCAGCCACUGCAAGUCGGGUCAUCUCGAAAUCCAGCAAUCCAACCAAGAUGAUUGUGAAGCUCGCCACUUUUGUAUCGCUGUUCUCUAUCUUCCUUCUCGCAGCGGGUGCACCGGCCACCACAUCCUCCACUGGACCGACCACCACAUCCCUCACUGCAUCGAGCUCAUCUCUCACUGCACCGACCACGUCCCACACUGCAUCGAGCACAUCCCAACUUACUCAGAGUACUAGUGCGGGGGGCAAUAUCACUAAUGCACCGUUCUGGGGCCGCAAG